ACGCGCCAAAAAAUCGGAAUCAACAAAAAGAGCUUCAACCAUAAGAAAUAAACAAAUUUAAUAUUAAAUCGCGUUGUACUACCAAGAAUUCACACUAAAUUGAAACAUAAUGGCAAACAAAUUCACUCCACUUUCAACAGGAUGUAUCAAGCGAAUCCUCUUGGGUGAAGAAUUGGGGAGCACUCCAUUCGUUCUCCAGGUGAUUGAUUCAAGACGUGUGAACCAGCAAAAGUCUGAUUUAAACAGAUACAGAUUAUUAAUUUCUGAUGGUGUUCAUAUUGCAUCAUUCGCUAUGUUGGCUAUUGAUUUGAAUCCAAUCUAUGAAUCUGGUCAACUAUCAAAGAACACAAUAAUUCGAGUCACGAAACAUAAUUGCAGCGUCGUAUCUCGUGGGAGUGUCGGUUCUGACCGACGAGUUCUUGUCCUCAUGGGUAUAGACAUUCUUCAUUCCGGUGAGGAAGUUGGCUCUAAAAUCGGAAAUCCAGAUUUAUACGAUCCCAAGGGUUCGACAUUGAAUGCUGCUGGAACACAAAAGGAAAAUUACAAUGACAAUGCAGGAGCUUCAUCUUAUAAUAACCAAAGUAACGCCUAUCAAAAACGAGAAAACUCUUAUGGAAAUCAAAGUAUGAACGCUUCGUCUUCAAAUUUGAAUGAACAUCUCACAAUGCCAAUCGAUUCGUUGAGCCCUUAUCAAAACAAAUGGGUGAUUAAAGCUCGCGUUACUGCAAAAUCUCAGGUUCGAACAUGGUCGAAUCAAAAAGGCGAAGGAAAAUUAUUUAACUUCGAUAUUUGUGAUGAAUCUGGAGAAAUUCGUGUCACAGGAUUUCGUGAUCAAGUCGACAAAUAUUAUGACAUGAUUGAAGUUGACAAAGUUUAUUACAUCACAAAAUGUCAACUGAAACCAGCAAACAAACAAUAUUCAAAAUUGCGGAACGAUUACGAGAUGACGAUGGGAAAUGAAACUGUUAUUCAGGAAUGUGACGAUUUAACUCACAUUCCAGCCAUCAAAUACGAUUUUGUGUCAAUCAGCGACAUUGCAGCAAAAGAAGCAGGAGCAUUUGUUGAUGUUAUUGCAGUUUGUAAAGAAGCAAGUGAUCUCGUCAAUUUGACAUCUCGAGCCGGAAAAGAUUUGACAAAGCGUGAAGUAACUUUGGUCGAUCAAAGUGGAGCUUCAAUUGUGUUGACGCUUUGGGGCGAAGAAGCCAAAAACUUCCAAGGGUAUGAGCAGCCAGUCGUUUUACUGAAAGGUGCCAAAAUUGGCGAAUUUGGAGGUGGCAAAACUCUUGGCGGGAAUGCAAUGAAGCUGAAUCCUGACAUUCCUGAAGGUCACAAACUUCGUGGAUGGGUCGACAAUGGUGGAAUGGAAGGAGAAGUUAAACAACUGUCAAUGCGUACUCAAGGAAACUUUAACACCGAAUGGAUGACAUUCCAUGAAGCAAAAUUACGCAACUUGGGAGCUGGUGACAAACCAGACUAUUAUCAAGUCAAAGGAUUCAUUCACAAUAUUCGCUCAUCAAACGCUUAUUACAAGGCUUGCAUCAACACUGGAUGUAACAAGAAAGUCAUUGAUCAAGAGAACGGAACCUAUCGAUGCGAGAAAUGCAACGUUGAAAGUUCGGAAUUCAAAUAUCGUUUGCUGGUCAAUAUGUUGGUUGGUGAUUGGACAUCAAAUCGUUGGGUGACCGUUUUUGCUGAAGUUGCUGAAGAACUAUUUGGAAAAACGUCACAAGAAAUUGGAACAAUGCUUGAGUUCAAUAAGGAAGAAGCUGAUGCCAUUUUCAAUGAUCUUGCAUUCCAACAGAAAGUCUUCAAGUUAAGAACCAAAGUUGAAACUUAUCAAGAUGUACCAAAAAAUAAAGUGACAGUCUUAUCAAUAUCCGAGCCCAACUACAAGGAUUACAAUAAGCAACUUUUGGCAAACAUUCAGCGUCUCACUGGAAUUCACACAAAUAAUUAAAAAACUUUCACAUG